AUGCCACCGCUGGAUGAGCCUCCCCAGUCGCCGCACGAGUCUGAUUCCGAGCCAGCCAUAUCUGUGCAAAAGAGGCGAUUUGGCAAGUUGCCGCUGUCCUCGAUAUCGCAGCUGCCGUACCGUCGCUCCAAUGCCUCCCUCUCGAACUUGUUCUCCUCGACGACGGCCUUGCCUACAGGCCCGGGGUCACCAGGCGCAUCGGGCACUACAACACCCACGGCGGUGACGAGGAAUGGCUCCGUCUUCUCGCCUGGCGGCACGGCGGCUGUAAGAUCGCCAUCGCCAGCACCAUCCGGCUCGCUUGCCAACAACCACACACGAGAUGUCAUCCUGCGCGCAUUCUCCCCACAUGUGUCGGUACUCGCAUCGCAAGAUACGGAUGAGUUGGUCAGGCACAAAGGAAUCAACGGAGGCUUGCUAGACUUGCUGCGGCCUUUUGGUGAGCGAGUAUCGGGCAAGGUUACAAUCCGCGAUAGCACUGGAGUCAGUCGGUCAUAUGAGGACUUUGCGGUACGAUUUACGGGUGUGAAAGAUGGGCUGGAAAGUCCUAGAGUGGCAGAUCGAAGGAGCAUAGACUCGACGGGGAACAGGCAGCGGCCAUCUCUGCUGGAGUUUAAACCAGCGAGACUACGGACUGGAGGAGACGUGCCACAAGUGGAAGAGCUGGUGGAGAGACAUCUUACAUUCGCCGAAGAACACUCAGGACCUGUGGCAGACUACAUCUCAGCCAAAGAUGGCGACCUUGCGGAUCCCAAUGCCAUCUCACCGUUCUACAACCUCUACAUGCGACGACUGCUGUCUGGCCUGCCCAUGGUGCCUUCUGAGACUUUUGCACAUCCCGUGGCCGCCGUCAUCGCCAUCUCUUCCCGCUCAGCAUCGCCGAUAGAAGAGCUGCGCAAUUUGUACGAUUCUUCAAACACUGGCGAGCACCGGCUGCCGCUGUGGGUGCAUAACGAAUACCUACGCUACUACGUUCUGAUACAUGAUGAGGAUUACGACGACAUCACGAAGUCAAUGGCGUUAUACGAUCAGAUGAAGCGGCAUUUUGGCUUACAUUGUCAUCUUUUGCGAUUACGCAGUACCCAAUGUGUACCCUCGGACGACGAUAGUGUCAAGCUGCAGCACUGCGAGUGGACUGCUGCUGCCGAGGAGCUGUCGGAGAUAGUGCGCCGCGAGACGAACGACGAUGAAGAAGACCCCACACCCUACAUUUUCGAGUCGGAUGCGACAGCAGUGCGAGCUUUCGUGCGAGAAAUGGUCACGCAGUCGAUCAUUCCUUCCAUGGAGCGCGCUUCUGCUACCUGGAACGAUCAAGUGGCCUCACGGCGGCGUGGCUUGAGUGGCAGGUUCAUGUCGCUGUCAAAACGCUUCACCACCGGAUUUGGCGCCCGUACCUCGUCAGUACCGUCACUGGGCGCUCCGGGAAGCAAUUACGAUAGCUUGCAGGGUUUCUAUCGACCAGACGCUCCUGAAGCAGUAAUGCGAAAGCUGGCAGAUUACGCCAUCAUGCUGCGCGACUUCAAGCUUGCACAUGGUACCUUCGAGAUUCUUUGUCAAGACUUCAAGAACGAUAAAGCUUGGCGCCACUACGCGGACGCGAAUGAGAUGGCAGCUGUCACUCUCCUUCUGGCUACGGGAGCGAACAACAAGAUUCGCAUUGAAGGCAUCGAUCAAUAUCUGGAAACUGCCUACUAUUCUUAUGUGACAAGAGUCGGUGCACCAUACAAUGCUCUGCGGACCCUCCUGCUUGGAGUGGAACUGCUUAGGAUGCGUGGCGGCAAUGCAUUAGAAGCAGCAGCGCAAUGGUCAAGCAGAAUCAUCGAUGACAAGCUAGUCGGCCCUGUGGGACAUGUGCUACUGAUGGAGCGCAUAGGCAGCUGCUUCGACGAGCGCAGGAAGAUCGGUGGCCUAGAAGGCGAAGACCGACAUCGCAAAGCGGCGUUCUGGAAUAUGCUGGCGGCUGAUGCGUGGCUCCGGCUUGAGAAGGCCUCUCAAGCUGAGAAGUGCCUAUCGGAAGCCACUCGGCUUUAUGGCUUCAACGAGCAUGACAACAAAGUGCAAUUCUAUGGCAUGGCCAACUUUCUGUUGACGCUUCAAGAGGCUGUGUCGGCAAAUCGUGGGGGUGUACAUCAUAUCGAUGGUGACGAUCUGCUAGGCGACGAGAUUGUCGAGCCAAUGCAAGAGGAAAGUGAACAGCUGGCCAAACUGCCACCGGGAUUCGGCCAUGCGCAUCGGAAGAGCUUGAGUACAUCAGCGCCGCCGCCUGUACAGUCUUUCGAUCCGCUCGGUGCGCUCCCUACAGCGUAUGAAAGUGGUGAUGCAGUUCCGGCGAGUCCGCAUGCUGCUGAUGCGCCGGGCUUUAGUUCUGUUCUGGAACGGAAGGAUAGACGCGAUGAUGGGUUUGAGUGA